CGUUUCUCUUCCACACACAAGCGUGGUAAAAAUGGCGGAGCAAAAUUCCGUGCCGAGUGAUCUUUACAAGCAUGUAUAUUCAUUUCUACUAGAGAACAAGUUUACCAAGGCUGCUCAACAGUUCAUCAAAGAAGCGAAAGUGCCACCCCAGAAUGAAAAACAAGAUGCCGCUCUGCUUGACAUAUUCAACUUCUGGGUGAAGUCUCCUGAAGCUAAGAAACGGAAGGCGCUGCCCAACRGUCCUGGAACAAGUGACAGGCCGUCUGCUAAGAAGGCAAAGACUGCGGAGAGCUCCAGUGAGGAGUCGAGCAGUGAUGAGGAGGAAGCUGCAGCACCUGCCAAGGCCACACCCACAGCUAAAGCGGCAGAGUCCAGCAGCAGUGAUGAUUCCAGUGACGAGGAGGCCACAGCAAAGAAGCCUGCAGCAGCCAAGGCCCCAGUGAAGACUCCUGUAGUGGCAGCAGCCAGGAAAAAGGACUCCAGCUCUAGCAGCGAGUCAUCUGAAGAYGAGGCUCCAGCUAAAGCCCCUGUAGCUAAAGGAAAGGCGGCCGCCGCGACCCCUAAGGCGGCCGCCGCGACCCCUAAGGCGGCCGCGACCCCUAAGGCAGGGACGACCCCUAAGGCAGGGACGACCGCCAAAGCUCAGAAGAAGGCUGAGACCAGCAGCAGCAGUGAGGACAGCUCCAGUGAAGACGAAGCGCCCACUAAGACCCCUCCAGCCAAGACCCCUCCAGCAAAGACCCCUCCAGCCAAGACCCCUCCAGCAAAGACCCCUCCAGCAAAGACCCCUCCAGCCAAGACAGUCGAGUCUAGCAGCGAUGACUCUUCUUCAGAUGAAGAGGAGUCUCCUCCCAGCAAGAAGGCCAAACCAGGUGCAUACAGUGCAGUCCCACCCCCUGGAGCUGCAGUAAAGAAGGCCUUGGUUCCUACAGUGGCCAGCAAGGCCAAAAAGGACCGCUCCUCAGACAGCAAGCAGGAGAAGAAAGUGUCAGCUAAAGCAGUCCCUGUGACGUCUACCCCAGCAAAGACUGUGACCCCUAAACCUGCUGCUGCUGCU